AUGGCGAGGGCGCUAGCCGGGGAUAGGAUGGUGAGGGAGCUAGGGAGGGAAUACGAUGGUAAGCCCAUCGUACAAAACAUUACAGACGCCAUCUACGGCAUCAGGAAGACCAUCUGUGUGAUCAGCCGACACUACCUGCAGAGCGAGUGGUGCUCCAGAGAGAUCCAGAUGGCCAGCUACCGUCUGUUUGACGAGCAGGACGAUGUGCUGAUCCUGCUGUUGAUGGAGGACAUCCCUGUCGGCGAGCUGUCUCUGUACUACCGAAUGAGGAGUCUGGUGAAGAGACGCACCUACCUGAGCUGGCCGCAUGAUCCUGCUGUUCAUGGAGGACAUCCCUGCCCACGAGCUGUCUCUGUACUACCGAAUGAGGAGUCUGGUGAAGAGACGCACCUACCUGAGCUGGCCGCAAGCCGGUCAACACACAGGAGUCUUCUGGCAGAACAUACGGCGAGCUCUGAUGGCACCUGGAAGUCCCACGGACAACCCAACCAGGGGUUUCUUUCAGAACCAGGCAUGAAAAGCAACCUGUAA